AUGUAUGAUGGAACCUCAACAGAGCCAGAUGAGGACCAAACCGGGCCCCGGGCAGACUGGUAUCUGUCCCUCCCUCCCUCCUAAUAGAUUGUAAGCUCUUUUGUUUUCUAAACACCCCACAAUGUGUUCCACAGACAUGGUGCAGAGAUGUGGUGGAGAGGACUCAGACGACACGGGGAGGACCAAGACACGGGGCAGAGAUGCCGAUAUGGAGAGGACCCAGACACGGGGAGGACCAAGACACGGGGCAGAGAUGCGGACAUGGAGAGGACCCAGACACGGGGCGGACCCAGACACGGGGCAGAGAUGCCGACAUGGAGAGGACCCAGACACGGGCAGACCCAGACACGGGGAGGACCAAGACACGGGCAGAGAUGCCGAUAUG